AUGUCGUCGUCUUCGCGGUUUGUGGUGAAUUCAAACUCAUUCUUCCUCAGCGGCACCGGCGACGGAGUCGUCGCAGUAGUGGACACUGUGACUGAUCUGAAUUCCCCCUCCUACGCCUCCGGCGACUGGAAAAUCAUCGCUGCGGCAAUAGGAACUAUAACUACAACCACAAUCAGCAGCGCCACCAUCCCGGCCGGGACGAAACUGUACAGGGGGUUGGAAAUAUUCGGGGCCAUAAUCGAAGGCAGCAGCCUGGACAAAUUGUGCAAAGACCUCUUCAAUUCCCAGCUCUUAGUAAACCGGGACGGCUACCAGAUCAAAUACUACGACAAAAUCACAACAGGUGGUGGAUUCGUGACUGGAAGCAGCUACAUGGUGAAGCUAAACAACAUGCUCGGGUGGGAGAAGUACGGAGUGAAGCGACCAGCCACUGCCCCGAUCACCGCCGUGUGGAACCGUUAUGACGUGGCGAAAGGGGAGGUGGUGGUGGAUUACGUGGCGGCGGAGGAAAGGCGGAGAGAGAUGGAUGCGGAAUUGGGGAAACAGAGGAGGGAGUUGGGGCAGUUGCAGUUGAGGUUGGUGGAAAAGGAGGAGAUUUUGGGGCAUUAUCAGCGGAUUCUGGAGGAGAGUAAGGAGCUUUUGAGGGAGAAGGAGAGCGCGAAACAGCGGCUGAGGGAAGUGAUUGAAGAGAAGAACAGAGUGGUUGAAGAGCAGAGCAGAGUUAUCAAGGAGAAGGAAAUGGAGAUACAGAGGUUGAAGUUGAACAAGGGAGAAGGUGAGAAAGAGGCUGCUGGUGUAGGGGAUGAUGGUGAGUUGAAGAAGGCAGGGGAGGGUUUUGGGAUGAAGGAGAAAGUGGUGGGGGAUGAUGGUGAUGAAUUCAAGGCACCCAUGGAUUCGUUCUUGAGCUGUUGUGCGAAGGAUUUGAAGGUGGCAAUCAUAGCUACGAACAGGGCUUUCUUUGUCAAUGUAGUUCUGUCUUUAUUUCUAGCAUGCUUAUGUUUCUUCCGCCUUUUUGGUUGA